AUGAAACAUCGUCUGUCCGGGGACGUCGCGCAGCCAGGACCUGGUCGGUCCAAGAGGCACAAACUCGGCGAUCAAGGUCAGUUGCGCGAAGCACUGCACAAGAUCACUCAGCAGAACGCCACCACCUCUCCGCUCCUUCGCCUUCCUGCCGAAAUCCGAAAUAUGGUCUUCAAUUACGUAUUCUGCGGCGAGAUUUACCACAUUGGCAGCAAGGGCCAUAGUCUUGGCAAAGCCUCUCUCACUCGUUCGCUCUUCACCCACCCUCCUCUUCUGUUCCAUCACCUACUCACUUCCUUUUCUUCCAAUAUCGCCCACGCUUCCGAAGCUACUACUUCUCCAUCAACAAGUCACACGUCUUUCAGAUAUAGGAUGCUUGACCAGGCCCGUCACGAAGUUGCAACUAGCGAGCAGCGUCUACGCGACCCCGCUCAGCGUGAGAAGAUCACUAAGCGCAACGCCAUCGAGUCACCACUUCUGCGUCUUCCCCCCGAAAUCAGGAACGGUAUCUACGCCCACAUUUUCGGCAACACAUGCUACUACUUUCGGCCCAGCAGAUGGCCCGGAGGCCCUCACGUCGUCGUCAAACCUUACCAAACCGAGUAUCGACAUCUAGACCUGCCUCUCGUUUGUCGCCAGCUCUACCAUGAAACGAGGUUGCUUCCUUACAAGCUCGGGACAUUCAAUUUCCACCAGCUGCCUCAUCAAUCAGUCUCCGAUCCUCUCAUCUUUGUCGCCAUAAGGAUAUUCCUGUCAAAGAGAUCAAAGGCGGAGGUCGAAGCGCUUCAGACAUUGACCUUUAAGUUUGGCCACGAGGAUAUGAAAACAACUGGGAAUGGCAUCUCCAAGCUCAACGCUGCGAACUCCCCACUCCUUCGUCUCCCGCCUGAGAUUAGGAACAUGAUCUACGAAAACGUCUUCCGCGAUCAAGUCCUCGAACUUAAAGGUACGGAGUUUGAUCUCGUCGAAGGAGAGUAUGACGUCAUCCAGACAACGGUGCACGUCACCAAAUACUUAAGCCUACUUCGUGUCUCUCGCCAAUUGUAUCGAGAAACCGCCUUGUUACCAUAUCAGCUCACCACUUUCAAGUUCGGCUAUUCUCAUUAUCCUUUGGGCAAACCAUUCAGCGCUCUGAAAAUUUUCUUGUUGAACAGAUCGUGGGCGCAGGUCUCAAGCCUGCAGCGCAUGGAGUGUCCUGUUAAGUUUGACAGGUACUAUAUGCCUGUCCACGAGGAUAAGAAGAAGAGUGGAACUGGCCUGUACUGGUUCGCUUAUUUGAAUCUGGAACAGUCCAACUUGGCCGUUCACGGAACAAACCCACGGUUUCCUCAAAUAUCCAUGAUUUAUAACGCACCUUUUCCAUCUCGCUUCCUCUGUACCUGCUUGCUACCCUUAUCUGAACACCCCAUGCCCGAGGUCGACAUGCCCACUCGCAAACAGACUGCGCCACCCUCGAGUGGUAGGUCUUUCGCAGAGGGAAGAGAGACGUUUCUGAUCGUGACGCCGCAGUCCAGUCCUCAGGAUCUACUCCUACAUGAACGUGGUCGCCUGGACAAGAUGGUCGUUGGAAUCAACACAAACGCAUGGUUUCUCUUCCAACAUGUCAGUCUAAUGCCACAUUAUUUCAACGAUGUAUAUCUCUAUCACCAUUCCGCCGACCGCAAACACAACUUUCUAAAUCUGCUCUACGUCUCUUGCCAAAUUCACGAGGAGACCGCUUUACUCCCGUACAAGCUUACAAAAUUCAAUUUUGGCAUCUUGAUCUCAGGAGAGCUCGACGAUGAUGACAAUAUGUUUGAGGCUAUAAGAGUAUUCCUAGAGAAAAGAUCAAAGAGACAGAUUGAAGCUCUUGCCAAGUUGGAGAUUAUGCUUCUCCAAGAUGUUACGGAUCUCGGAGAGUUAAAGUUGGGGACCGUUGUCCUACACUCCACGAUGCCAGCCAAGAGGCGUGCAGCCAUGGCUUCCGCCGACGCUACGUCUGCAAAGAAGUCGAAGUCGAAACCAACGAAGCGCAAGGGGAGAUCAGAACGGAGGUCAGAGCGGAGAGCUGCCAUGCGUGAUCGAGUUCAGUCUCACCAUAGCCAGGAACUUCGCGACCACAACGGCAAGCUCAAACACUUCCCCCUUCUGCGCCUACCUGCCGAAAUUAGGAACGCUAUCUACGAGCACGUUUUCAGCGACACACAGUACGACUUCGAUGCUUCCUGCAUGGUUGAAGACGACACUAGAGCCUCUCAAUCAUUCAAUGAAUGUAACCUCGGUCUCAUAGCCGCCUCUCGCCAACUCCAUGCUGAAACUCGAUUGCUACCCUACAGUCUAGCCGUCUUUCGCUUUGACUUCGAGACCUCCAAGGAUGGAUGGCAAGGACCCGUAAAAAGAUUCGUUGAUCUGAGAACAGAAGAACAGAAGGGUGCUAUUGGUGACAACAUGAGGGUUAUCGUGGAAGAGUUUUGGAUCACCAGAUAUCUGAGCGCCAGAUACGGCAGGCGUGAAUAUAUCAUCUCAAGAUUUGAUCGCCUCUUUCGUAUUCAACAUCCACCCGUUACGAAGCUACCUGCUAAAAUGUCAGAAAUCAAAGGGUACGAGAUCGGCGAGAUCAACGCGAAAGCUGCAUUCACCUCAGAUAUCAUCCUUGACGCCAGAAUCGAUCUUCCUGGUUGUGUCAAUGCACAAGAGUUGGGUCGUCGUGACAUGGACGUCCGUAAAGGCAUGUACAUCACGUACUUGCCUUACCAACCACAUCCAAUCACGGGCCAGAUUAUGGCGGGCGGACGAUAUCUAUUCGAAACUUGGGAAGACGUACUUGACUACGAUCAUUGGACCACCAAUGUUUACGAGACCGGGGAUCCUCCAGAGAAGUUUUGGAGCCGAUCAACGAUGCAAAAGGUCGACCGAUGGAACUGGCAUGUCGCUGGAGCCUGUCACUUCUCCCAUCCCGAAACCCAUGGUCUAAGCCGUUUCCAACGUUGGAGCUACUCCGGUGACCAUGUCGAAGAACAUCUCCGCGAAAUUUAUCCCCGUAUUCGUGAUGCAGCCAAGGCCUAUGAAGCCGCAGGAGUGUGGCUUUUGUACCAGCCGGAGGCAAAUUUGAUUGGUCUCUACUAUAAUGCGAAAGCCGAAGAAUCUGGACACUUGGUCUCUCUACGAGGCGAUCGAGAAUUUGAAGGCUCAGCCAUCUCUUGGGCCGCUUUUCCCCGAGUCCCUGAGUCUUCGACCGUCAACAUGGUUUCCCGAAAGCGACCUCUCACGCAUCCGACUGAUGCACCCACGGCGAAGAGACUGCGCGAUGUGAGAGCUCUUCGGCGAGCUGCUCAACGAGAUCCGAGUCAACUCGAUCGGAUCACCGAGUACAACGCUAUCGAGUCCCCUCUCCUCUGCUUGCCAACCGAGCUACGCGACAUGAUUUACGCCUGUGUCUUCGAAAACGAGCAGUGGGUAUUCCAUGAAGACGAUUCAUCCGAUGAAAAGGGCUUCUUGAGCUCAAGAUCAUUCCGUGAGAGUAACCUCGGAUUGCUAUCCACUUCUCGCCAACUACGUGCAGAAACCAAAUUGCUUCCGUAUCAGCUUGCAACGUUCCACUUCAGAUUCUAUGAUUGGGACGACUGGAGCGAAGUGGAGUGGUUGAUGCGUCUUCAGAUGAGGUUCUUCGAGACUAGAACAGUAGAACAGCUUCAAGCUAUGACUACGGUAACAGUCUCCGGACAUGUCGACGUGUUGAACACCUACAUACAUUAUCGAGGGAACGUGGCUUCCUGGUUUGAUUUCUUGCCCCCCAUGUCAGGCAAGGCACCUACUCAGAAAUGGAAAUCAUUGCAGAAACAGCUAGGCGCCAACAUGGCAUCCAAACGCCUCGUUAGGACGCCUCAUGUCAGCAAGUCAUUGGCAAAGGAACAAACCGGUAGUGAGGCUCAGCGCAAGGCUUAUGCUCAACAGCUUCGCGAGCAAGGCCAUUAUGAUAAAAUCACCGAGCUCAACGCAGCCAACUCACCUCUUCUCCGCCUCCCUGCCGAGAUUAGAAACAUGAUUUUUGAGCAAGUCUUCGUCAACCGCGAUAUCCACUUGCAAGCAUACAGCGAAGACCCCAUAUCCAUUCCAGACAUCUAUACCUUUUACGAUAUGGGCGAUUUUGGGUUGAGUCUACUUUUUGUAUCUCGCCAGCUUCGUACAGAAACAGCCUUGCUUCCGUACAAGCUAUGCACGAUGCGACUUAUUGAUGGUUGGUGGACAGAAGGAGAAGAUAACUCGCGGCCCAUUGUCAGAUGUUUCUUGAAAAGGCGAUUGAGGGAACAAGUGGAAGUCAUUAGUGAUUUGGCACUUCCAGUAUUUGAUGAGCAAGAUGGUGAGCACAAACUUCUCCGUGGGACAGGAUCAUACUGGGUUGAGUGGCUGAAUAGCGAAGAGGAUGGACAGUGGCUGGACGAAGUUCUCGGUUUCAAGAAAUAG